ACACAAAAGUGAAAGUAACAGUCUCAUCGACCGUAGCUCUUUACUCAGCGUGUUCUUCUCGUGGUGCUUUCGAGCGAAGAAGUCUGUAGGCGGGUGUAUAGACACUUAACAUAAAGAGGUGACAUAAAGAAAAGGGAGUUUCCGAGUCUUUUGGGUGGACGUUGCAUUGAAAAAGGGGUGAAUUUACUACUUCGGUCAGUACUCUGCAUGCCUGAAAGUGUCAGCGGUCAUAUCUCUACAUGGUUAAGCAAACAACUGCUGUUUACUGAAAGUACUCUGCAGAUGGUUUCACAGUGAGACAACCUAGGUCAUCGAAUCGAAAGACCAAGAAGACAGGACAUUUCUCUGGAAUUUAGACCCAUAUUACAGUGCAAGCAGAGAAUAAGCAGGACCAUGGUCCAGUCAGAAUGUCGGCUCCUCAGGGGGCUGCUGGGUUUUAUUUGUCUAUUACCAGUUUGCAUGUGUGUAGCACCACAACUCUGUGGACCUUUGAAUACAGUACGGGAGAGCCUAAAUGUAACCCUAAGGAGACGUUUUAUGAAAAUGAACUUUCCCAUUAACUAUACUAUUCAAGUUCAUUAUGAGGAGGUGUUCCGACUACGUAACAUCAGCAGACUGAAUACAAGUAAUGAAGAGGAACCACUGCAGGAGAGAGACCUACAGGAUUUGUGGCUUUGGGUUAGUCAGCAGGGGAUAAAGAGGAUUUUAAAGGUGCUGCCAGAGAGACAUCCUACACGCCGUAAAUACCUCUCCAAUCUGCAGAAUCUGUUCAAUAAUUUUGAGGGGAGUUAUAACCAGCUGAAUCCCAAAGAUGAAGAGAGAAUACUUCCAGAGAGAAUACAAAACAUCUGGGAUCGCUUGACGGAGCAAGAUUACGAGGGAUGGAAGUCUGUUACACCCAAGUCAAUACUGGACAACAGUUAUCGAACCAUGCUUUGCCUAUUCAAAGAGUGCUUCUCAAAAGAGGACGACAAUUAUGACUAUUGUGAAGUCCUCAACCGGAGGAAAGAGAAGAAAACUACAUAGCAGGAGGUCUAAAGGAAUCUGAUCCUGGCUUCAUGUUGCUGGUGUAGGUGUAAAAGGGUGUUACCCGGUUUAUGUAGUGACAUGCAGCAUGCUUGUGUGCCUCUUGUCCUAGUGAAGCCACUGACUGCCUCCAACGGUGUUACCCAUUUGGAAAAAAUGCAACAGCCGUCACACCAGUUAGAAGACACUCUACUGACCCUGCAGCUAUUGCUCUCCAUCGUUCAGAACAUACCUCCAUCCACUCGCCUGGCAACUUGCAUAUUUAUGUGGUGUUUUGCUAAUAAACAAUCGUGUGUGCACUGUAUGUGUGCUCUGUGGAGGAGAGCAGCUUUGACUCUUCGCUGUAGCAUUUACUAUUGGUAAUUCCAAAAAAGUCUUUGCCACUGUGACUUAUGUUUCUGAGGAAAAUAUAUAUUUUGUCUUACAUGUAUGCCAAAACAGUAUAUUAUCAUUGCCACAUUGUAAAUGUUCUUGGUAAGAUGUUUAAAUAACGUGGAGCUUCUUUUGUACACAUAUCAUUUGCAUGCAAAUGUUGUGCUGACUGCUGGCUUGGUCGGCACUGUUGCUUUUACCCAGAGGCUCUUUGUGCUUUACUGCUGGUUAAAUGUUGAAAGAUUGCACCAAAUCAUUUCUAUAAAAAGCUUUUUUAAGGUGAUCAAGAGGGUUUGAUAUCAGGUUUGCAUAUUAGUUUUAUACACAGAUUUUAAUUAGGUUAUUUAUUUGGACUCCUGCCACAGAUUGUUCUGGUAACUGUUGUAACAUGGCUUGGAAAAUAAACCUCUCACUAUCACC